UAUGGGCGAGGAGGAACAGGAGGAGGAGGGGGAGGAGCCAUCGUCACCAUCCAGGUACGGUGAUGAUCGGCGCCAUUUCAUCGUGCUGGCAGGUCUGGGCGGAAUCCUCGGCGUGACGAUCGUGGUGAUAGUCAUCUCCAUCGUGCUGAGGCCAGCACACGUGGAGUUCACGGUGGUGCAUACGACGAUGAACUGCAGCAGCAGCAGCAGCAGCAGCAAUAGUACGUCGAGCGAGAGCACGAUCUCCCUGAACCUGACCGUCCAACUCCAAGCCACCGCCGCCAGCGCCAAGGUGAGCUACAGGAGCGUGUUCGUCGACCUGAUCAUGGCCGCCGACGGCAACGACGACGUACCUCCUACGCGUAACGAGAGCAGCAGCGGCGCGUUGACGUUGCACGCCCCGGUCGACCCCGGGGACCUGAAAGAGCAGCGGCGGACGCCACAGCCGGCCGGCACGCCGGCGAGCUUCCGUGCGACGUCGCUUGUCGUGCAGGCGGACGACGACGACGACGAAGUCGACGUGCGGGGCGGCCGCCUCCUCCUCGACGGCGAUGAAUGCCGAGACGGUAGUGCCGCCGUGCGGGCCACCGUCGUUGUGACGGCGCUGGUGUCCUUCGUCGUCGGCCCCGUCUUCACCAGGUCGUACCACGUCGUGGUGCACUGCCCUUACGUCCAAUUCCAUAUGAAUGGCACUAUCAAUCCGGCUGUCAAUUGCACCGCCUAAUAUGUAUCUUAACGUUAAUUAAUGGAUUGCACCGCCUAAUAUGUAUCUUAACGUUAAUUAGUGGAGGAAUUUUUACGUGAGCUAUCAAAAUUAUUUUAGUGUGCACGUGCGCCCUCGCAUGAUUUUAGCUUCUGUCCUUUAUUUUUUAUGUUUCAAUAAAGAAAAACUGUA